AUGAAGGCACAUCCGACUUACAAAACUUUUCGUAAUGAAACGUUUGAAGAAUUUGAUAAUCUCAAAGUGAUAUUUGGAAACAAUAUUGCUACUGGUGGGAAUGCUAUUGGUUUAUGUGAGGGUACGGAUGCUCGAACAAGUGAAGCACAAAAAGAGCAAACAAACUAUGUUGAAGAUUUUUCCAUGAAUGUCGAGAACGAUCAUGAAACCUCUACGCUUUUUUGGAGCAGCAAUUCAAAAGCCUCUUCAGAAAAACUUCCUUUAAGAAAGAGACAGAGAACUAAUAACAUCAACAAUGCAGGUGAACCAAUCAUUCAGAGAGAAGAUGGAGAACAAGGCCAGACUGAGAUGAACUCUCUUACAACAGUCACUCAAAAUCUUUUUGAUCUAAUACAAGAAAGAGAAGCAAGACAACAAAGAGAAACUGAAGAAAGAGAGGCUGAGAAAAAGAAGAACAAUGUAUGGGAAGCUAUCAAAGAAGUCUCAGAUUUUGAAGAAAAUGUUCGUUACGAUGCGGUUAAAGUGAUUCACCAAUUAGGGAUGGAAGAAGUAUUCGUCAGUAUGUCUAUUGAUGAGCGCUAUGGUUGGAUUAAGCGUAAUGUCACAAGUUGA